UCCUCCCAGCAUCAUAUACCGCGAGGACACUGAGUAGUUCAAGCCGACACAGAAACUACAAUCCACUGAGUCAGACAUCCCUCCGGAAUCUGGAUACGUACCCAUAAUGGCCGACCUAGACGAAAAAGAUCACCAGGACGAAAUGGAGCACCACUCCGGUCAGGAGCUCAACCCACCGCCCUCCAACAUAUCCACUACAACUGCCUCCGUUGGCCCAGACGCGGAAAGCAAACAGGAAAUCCACGAAAUCCCCUCCAGGCCAAGCAUCGACACCACGACAACCAAAACCGACCCCCUGGGCUUUGAACCGAUCCGCCCAGCACCACCGAACGCCCGCAGCCACAACCCACGGCGCAUCAGCGCCGAGACCGUCGACACGCUCCGGCGCGAGCGCUCCAACAACGGCUGGGGGGUCGACGACAUCGAAGGCGACGCGGCCGGCAGCGGCGGCUCCGUCGCCCCGUACAACCACCCCGGCAGCUCGGCAGCUGAGCGCGACCCGUUCGAGGUCGGUUGGGCCGGCGGCGACGCCGAUCCGCUGUGCCCAAGGAGUUUCCCGCUGUGGAGGAAGUGGAUGAUCAUCCUGAUUACCAGCGUGGGGAGCUUUUGCGUGACGAAUGCUUCGGCGUCGUACACGUCGACGUACGCGCAGAUGAACGACGAGUUUGGCACCAGCCGGCUGGUCGCGACGCUGGGCUUGUCGACGUUUGUGCUAGGCAUCGCGCUGGGUCCGUUCUGGUCGCCGCUUGCUGAGUUCUAUGGCCGGCGACCCAUCUACCUCGCUUCGUUUGCCGGCUUCAUCGUCUGGAUCAUCCCGUCGGCUGUGGCCAAGAACAUCGAGACCAUGAUUGUGGCGCGCUUCUUUCAGGGGUUGGCGGGGAGCGCGUUCCUGUCUGUGUCGGGCGGAACCGUGGGGGAUUUGUUCACUCGCGACACGAUGCUGGCGCCCAUGGCUAUCUUUGCCCUGGCCCCUUUUGUCGGUCCGUCCACCGGGCCGCUGGUUGGUGGGCUGAUCAACACGUACACCAACUGGCGCUGGACGCAUUAUGUCUUGAUCAUUUGGGCUUUCCUGUUGCUGGUCAGCAUUGCGUUGCUGGUGCCGGAGACUUAUCACCCAGUCCUGCUGAAAAAGAAAGCUCAAAAGAUUCGAAAGGAAACCGGCGACGACAGAUGGCGCGCUCCCAUCGAAAAGACGACAAAGUCGGUCUCCAAAACGGUCGCCUACUCUUUGCUCCGCCCCUUCCAGAUUCUGGUUUCUGAGCCCAUGGUGCUCGUGCUCAACAUAUACACGGCAAUGCUCCUGGGGCUGCUCUACUUGUUCUUCGGCGCCUUCCCCCUCAUUUUUCGCACCAACUAUGGCUUUAACCUCUGGGAGGUUGGCCUGACCUUCAUGGGUCUGCUCGUUGCCAUGAUCAUCGCCUGCCUGAGCACCCCUUUCUGGACCAGACUGCGGCACAACAUGGUGGCGAAACGGCACAAGGAGACCGGCGUGCUCAAGGACGAGCCCGAGGACCAGCUGCCGCCCGUCAUCUUCGCCGCGCCGCUGAUCACGGGAGGUCUGUUUUGGUUCGGCUUCACCACGUAUCCUUGGGUGCACUGGAUCGUGCCCAUCAUUGGCUCUGGCGUGUUUGGUCUUGGGUGAGUGCGCACCUUUCUUUCGGUGGACUUUCAACUUGAUGUCGGGGCAAGACACAGGAGAGUGGCGUUGUCUUGCGGAUUUGUGCUGCCACCCAAGGCGGUGAUGUGGACAUAACUCAGUGGCAGAUUCGUCACGGAGAGGCCUCAGCGCAAGGC